AUGUUAACUAUUUACGUUUACAUAAUUACAAAUCUCCAAAUUAAAAACAACAAUCUGUCCCACAAAACCCCCUCAAACGAGCCUUCUCCCUCUUUAAUAAUUGCCAAUUCUCCACCAAUUUGUCGAAGUGUCAACAGCAGCGACAGUCAAGAAAGUUCUAAUACAAAUAGCUUUUACAGUGCGCAGAGUUGUGGUAAAGGAACACAUUCUCUUCAAUCAUCAUUAAAUAGCUUAUUAGAAAACGUUGAAGUUUCUGAAGAACAAAAAUUAUUUUUUGAAGAGAAAAUUAUUGUUAAAGAAUUAAAAAGUUGUUCUUCUACUUCAUCUUGUUGUUGCAGCUCUAAUUGUGGAAAUUGUUGCUGCAAGAGAACAACUACUAUUGUUAGCAGUAGUUGUAGUACUGAAGAAACGUUAAAACAGCGAAACACUGAUACCCGAAUUGUUUCCCCUUCGGUUCCACCAACACCCACUAAACAAGAAUCUCCUCCAUUAUUUGUGCAAACAUCUAGGCUCGAACUGGAUAGACUAAACGCCAUCAGCAGCACUAAAGCCUGUGCUUGUGAGGAGUGCAUUCUUGCACGCCAGAGAGAGCAACACGAGAGAGGAAUAACUGAAAGCAAUAUCCAACCAAUGCCGGGUUCAAGCAGUAGUGGUGGAAGAGCAACUGCUGCCGGUAGUGGUGGACUUGCCACAAAUUAUGGUGCUUCUACAUCUAUCGGUCCAUCUAGCAGUAGUGGUCAACUUCCAUUAUGUAAUGGUCCAACAGGCACUCAGACAAUUGAGGAACAGAUAAAACAAAUUGAUAGGAUCACAAAAGAAUGCGACAAUUCCCGUAAAAGUCUAGAAGCUAUAAAUCGGAGAUUGGAUGAUUUAACAGAUGAAAUGAGGAGAUAUCGAGAAUUUUUAGGACAUGAAAAAACAAGAAGAGUCCCGGCUCUUUAUAAGACAACAAAUGCAGAACCUUUAAGUGUUUACAAUGAAAGUAUAUGCAGAUUAAUAGAUUCAUUAACUUCACAAUUAACUUUGGAAUGGACAGAAAAAUUACGGUCGAUUCAGAAUCAAACGAUUGCCAGAUUUCCAAAUGAAAAGGGUUAA